AUGGGUGAAGCGUUCCCAGAGGCACUUUCUUCUAGCUUGACGAUGUAUCUCGCUGGUUGCUUUUGUCGUAGUACUCCUGAUGGCACAAGUGAAUCAUGGAGAAGGAUUAAAAAAGCACGCUGUCUCUUAUGUACAUCACAUGUUGGAGGAGUUUGCAUUGAUGGAGCUAUCUAUUUCUUUGAUCACGGAUUGAUACCAUGUAGGAAUUUCAGAAUUAUCUCGUCGUGGGAAGGUUCAACAUAUCUUCCGGCAGAAAGGUUUUAUAACAUUAUGGAAUUGGAAGGAAAAUUAGCAGUUGUUGAUCGUUCGAGAGCAAAUAUGGGUGAGAUGGCUUUGAGGAAUUUACAGAGUUCCAAAAUGGAAGAAUGGGUGAAGCAUACAAUUGACUUUCCCCGGAUGAAUUUGGAGACAUAUUUUUUGUCUUGCUUUUGCAGUAGUACUGCUGAUGGUGAGAUCGCGUUCAUCACAAAGUCCAGCCUCAACACAACUAAAAUUUUCUUCUAUGAUUCGAAAAAGAAGAGUUGCAGAGGAAUUGAAAUUGUGGAACUUGCAGAACAAGUUGAGAUUAUUGAUAUGUGUAGUCAUGUAGACAACCUAUUAUCGUGCAUCUAUUGCUAG